GAUGAUUGCUGCGGAAGUGAAGGGGGAAAGCACGUUGUUCCAUUAAUGCUUCAUAGAAAUUAAUCAAAGUUGUUCAUGGCCGGCCUCCCUUUUUAUAUCCACCACGGCGGAGCCCUGAAUUUCCUCCUCAUUUUCUUCUUCUUCUCCUUGCUGUGUGCUCCUUAAUUAAUGGCUGCUUCUAAUCUAAUUCCGAUUCUGAUUGGUGUCUGCGUUCUGCUGCUUCCGGCGCUGGCCCCGGCGCAGCUUCUGCAGAAGCCAUACGUCGUCAAUGGCUGCGUCUACUGCGACACCUGCCGCUGCGGCUUCGAGACCAGCGCCUCCACUCCCGUCUCUGGUGCAAGAGUGAGACUAGAAUGCAGAGACAGAGCCAAAUGGGUGUUGACGUUCAGCAAAGAAGCCAUCACCAACUCCGAAGGAAAAUACUCCAUUGUUGUCACAGAAGACCACAAGGAUGAGAGCUGCAAGGUUGUUCUUGUGAGCAGCCCUCACCCAACCUGCAGCGAACCCGACCGUGGUCGCAACAGCGCCACCGUCAUCCUCACCAACAACAACGGCCUCACCAACAACAUUCGCUAUGCUAACGCCAUGGGCUUCUUAACCGAACGCCCCCUCGCUCUCUGCCCUGCCCUCCUCAAACAGUAUCUCGACUAUGAUCAGUCAUUGUGAAAAUCGGGUUGUUUCGGUUUGAAUUUAGACCAUGGAUUAUGAUGUUGUUUAUGUUUAACCACUUGUUAAUUGGUAUUUCCUUAAAAGCAGAUAUGUAUUAGUUAUUGUUAUCUUUAAGAAGGAAUGAAAAUAAAAAGCAAUCUUGUACUUCAAA